GAGCGGCAGGAGCGGCGGCGCCGAGCGGGGCCGCGCGGCGGGGCGCGGGGAGCGGCGGCGGAGGCAGAGCCGGAGCAACAUGGCGCCGGUGGGCGGGGGCGGGCGCCCGGGCGGCGGGCCAGCCCGAGGGCGCCUCCUCCUGGCGGCGCUGGUGCUGCCGGUGCUGCUGUGGGCGCGGGGGGCCCGGGGCCAGGGCACCCCGCAGCGGGGCAAGAUCGUGGGCAUGAGGCUGGCGAGCUGCAACAAGUCGUGUGGGAUGAACCCGGAUGGCAUCAUCUUCGUGUCCGAGGGCAGCACGGUGAACCUGAGGCUGUACGGCCAGCGCCUGGGCGACAUCUCCAGCAACCUGAUCUCCUUCACGGAGGUGGACGACGCCGAGACCGCCCACAACUCCACCAACUGCCUAGAGCUCACCAAGGACCUGGUCGUCCAAAAGCUGGUGAACGUGAGCCGCGGGAACACGUCCGGGAUGCUGGUGGUGCUCACCAAGUUCCUUCGCAGGAGCGAGAACGUCAAGCUGUAUGCGCUGUGCACCCGGGCCCGCGCCGAUGAGCCCUGGGUCAAGUGGACGGACAAGGACUCGCUGCUUUUCAUGGUGGAGGAGACUGGCAGGUUCCUGCCGCUCUGGCUGCACAUCCUGCUGAUUACGGUGCUGCUCGUGCUGUCGGGUAUAUUUUCGGGCCUCAACCUGGGGCUGAUGGCCCUGGACCCCAUGGAGUUGCGCAUUGUGCAGAACUGUGGCACAGAGAAGGAAAAGCGCUACGCCCGCAAGAUUUUGCCCAUCCGGUGCAAGGGCAACUACCUGCUGUGCUCGCUGCUCCUGGGGAAUGUCCUGGUCAACACCUCCCUCACCAUCCUCCUAGACAACCUCAUCGGGUCCGGCAUCAUGGCUGUGGCCUCCUCCACCAUCGGCAUCGUCAUCUUUGGGGAGAUCGUCCCUCAGGCCCUGUGCUCGCGCCACGGGCUGGCCGUGGGUGCCAACACCAUCGUGCUCACCAAGUUCUUCAUGCUGCUCACCUUCCCGCUCAGUUUCCCCAUCAGCAAACUCCUGGACUUCUUUCUGGGCCAGGAGAUUCGCACCGUUUACAACCGGGAGAAGCUGAUGGAGAUGUUGAAGGUGACCGAGCCCUAUAACGACCUCGUAAAGGAGGAGCUCAAUAUGAUCCAGGGAGCCCUGGAGCUGCGGACCAAAACCGUGGAGGACAUCAUGACGCAGCUGCAGGACUGCUUCAUGAUCCGCAGCGACGCCAUCCUGGACUUCAACACCAUGUCCGAGAUCAUGGAGAGCGGCUACACCCGCAUCCCCGUCUUCGAAGACGAGCAGUCCAACAUCGUCGAUAUUCUCUAUGUCAAGGACUUGGCCUUUGUGGACCCCGAUGACUGCACCCCGCUGAAGACCAUCACCCGCUUCUACAACCACCCGGUACACUUUGUCUUCCACGACACCAAACUGGAUGCCAUGCUGGAGGAGUUCAAGAAGGGGAAGUCCCACCUGGCCAUCGUGCAGAAGGUGAACAACGAGGGGGAGGGAGACCCCUUCUACGAGGUCCUGGGCCUGGUCACCCUGGAGGACGUCAUCGAGGAGAUCAUCAAGUCCGAGAUCCUGGACGAGUCGGACAUGUACACUGACAACCGGAGCCGGAAACGAGUGUCUGAGAAGAACAAGCGUGACUUCUCAGCCUUCAAGGAUGCUGACAACGAACUCAAAGUGAAAAUCUCGCCCCAGCUCCUCCUGGCCGCUCAUCGCUUCCUGGCCACGGAGGUCCCCCAGUUCAGCCCCUCUCUCAUAUCGGAGAAGAUCCUGCUGCGGCUGCUCAAGUACCCAGACGUCAUACAGGAGCUCAAGUUCGAUGAGCACAACAAGUACUACGUCCGCCACUACCUGUACACCCGAAAUAAGCCCGCCGACUACUUCAUCCUCAUCCUGCAGGGGAAGGUGGAGGUGGAGGCAGGGAAGGAGAACAUGAAGUUUGAGACGGGUGCCUUCUCCUACUAUGGGACCAUGGCCUUGACCUCGGUCCCCCCUGCGCCGUCAACCCAGGUCAGGUGUCCGCUUGGCAAGCGGAACUCCUUGCUCUCCUGGCUCUCAGACCGCUCCCCGGCCCACCCCAUGCCCCUUAGCCGCUCGGCCUCCCUCAGUUACCCGGACCGCACAGAUGCUGCGACCACAGCUACGACCCCCUUGGCGGGCAGCAGCAACCAGUUCGGUAGCUCCGUCCUGGGCCAGUACAUCUCUGACUUCAGCGUGCGGGCGCUGAUGGACCUGCAGUACAUUAAGAUCACGAGGCAGCAGUACCAGAACGGGCUGCUGGCCUCGCGCAUGGAGAACAGCCCUCAGUUCCCCAUGGACGGGUGCACCACCUGCAUGGACAGCCCUGCCGAGAAAUGUGAGCUGCCCGUGGUGGACGAGACGACGACGCUUCUCAACGAGCGCAACUCCUUGCUGCACAAAGGCUCCCACGAGAGCGUCAUCUGACAGGAGGGCCCGGGGCCCCCCGCCCACCCUGCGGGGGCCUCCCCAGUGGGCCCGCAUCAAGAGAGGGAGCCUGUACAGCCAGAAGGGUAGACGGCCAUGGCCCAGCCAGCUGAGCAGCCAGAUGGCCCCUGUGUGGGCAUUUGGCCUCUCUGGGGGCCUCCGACCAGCUCGGAGGUGGCCGUGGCUACCUGGCCUGGACUGGUGGGACAGUGGGCUGGCUACCUUGAGCAAAGGCAAUUUUUUACUGAAAGAAUUUCUAAAUGGGACUUAGUGCUCCUCUUUUUAAGUAUCAUUUUGGGAAGGGAAGACAGGGUUAAGGAACUUUAUUUAAAAAAAAUACAAACUUUUUUUUUUCUUCCGGAGGGGGAGGGUAUCUCACCCCGGGAAGCAAUAGCCAUAAUGUGCUCCCAGCCGUGACCUCCCAGCUUCUGUCCCUGACUCAGGGAGCCCACCCUCCCUUUCCUGCACCUGCUCCACCUCUGCCGCCACCUCCAGCUGCAGAGGUGGGACCCCAGAGCCUGCUGGGGGCGAGUUGUCUCUCGGGAAGAAGGCGGCUGUCCCCAGGAAGCAGAGCACCACGUGGUGUUGACAUCAGUGGUGUGGACAUGUGCACCGAGGCUGGUCUGAAGUCGCCAAGGCCGAGGGCUGCUGGAUAACUGUGAUCAGGGACACGAUUAUCUAGCUGUAGAGAAGAGCACACGUACUCCUGUCAACCGCUGGACCCAGGAGCCUCCCCGGUUGUCCCGGUGAGUCGGGGCUCAGCCGAGGACUCUCCCCCGCCUCCCAUCUGCCCUGGGGACAAUGUCCUCCUCCUGGUCCUGGGGCUGACUCAGAGCAUCAAGUAGGGCCCCAGGCCUGUCUGAUUGCUGCCCUGCCCUCACUCGUACCAAAGGUUGCCCCCUCAGCGGGGCUGGCAUCUUCUACGUCGGACGUGACUUGUCAAGGUGACUCUGGCGUCUGUGUUGUUAGCAGCUAAUCCCACCGCCACCUCACAAGGAGAGUCAAGGCUCAGCUGUCGCCAUGAAGCCCUUUCCGGAACUUCCUGUUUCUAAUCCCCAAACCUCACUCCUCCCGGGGGUUGGGGACAAGAGGACAUGGUGGAAGCCACUGAGCAAGUUCUAAUUGCCCUUUCUUCUGCGGCGGCCCAAGGCUCACCUGACCUUGUUCAUCCACCUUUGGAAUUCAGGAAAAGAGAGUUCUGCUAAAGGCAUGCAGCUGGCGGCCCCCCUUCCCCGUGCCUGCGAGAUCCUUGGGCAGUCACACGGGCCUUGUCUGCAGCCAGUGGUCCUGUACGGAAGGUGCCAUCUGUGGGAAAGCCUUCCCGGCGCCUUUUUCCUGGGCUGACCUGACCCUGCCACAGAGCUCCAGGCUUCCGCUGGGGAGACCGUGGGACCAAGGGCUGUGUCGGCCCUUCUGUCAGGUGGGACAGAAGCUGGGGCCUUGAGAUCCAGGUAAAGGAGACCGCGGGCCUCCCGCCUGAGUAUUCACGCACUCCUGUCUCAGUCCACGGAGCCCUGUCACCCCAAGUGCUCUGCUUUCCAGCCGCCUGCCCCUGGCCAGUCUGAGUGCUUCCUCAGUCACAGAAUUUACUCCUAAAAGCCUGAACGGUAGGUGGUGACACCCAUGGGUUCUCAUUCAUCCAUAAGGAAAAAAAGACAUGGGACCUUUGGUCCCUGGUAGGGAAACCUCUUUGUUUUCUGCAGGAGCAGCUUGCUCCCGAGUCCUUGUAAGAGCCGGCAGAGCCACGUUCCUGAGCGAUCCGUGUGCAGGCACAGCAAAACGCAUCGGCCCCACCCAAGUGGGUGUGCGUGCAGCAAAAGGAGCAGGUGUACGCACUUCCACAGCUACCUCUGUGCACACACAGUUUCUACCAACAGGUGGUCCUUCCCCCGUUCCUUCCCCGUUACAAUCACUUCUUGUAGAGGGUCAUAAUUAUUUCCAAAUAUUACUGGUCCGAUGACUUCCUCCUCCCAGUGCAAUUUUUCACUUCCUAUUCCAACCUCCGGUUCUUGGGCUGAGCCAUACCCUGGACCUGGCCCACCCUGCUUGUCUUCCUUGUUAGGGAGACCUUUGCAACUGGCAUCCAAAUGGGUAGGCAAGUCACAGCCACCGUAGCAAGUAACUCCUAUUUAUUUUGCGUAAGAUUUUAAUUUGUAUAUUUUUGUGAUUUAUUUUGGCAUUGUUAUGAGUUUGACUCUCGGGGAGUUUUGUUGUUAUGACUCUUGUGUCUUUUGUCACAAAACAAUGAUAAUAUUUGCUAAACAAUAUAUGGAAUUUAUUUUUGAUUGGUAAUAAAAGAUGAAAUAUAUAUAAAUCUUGGUGAGCUGCACCUGGCAUGUUUGAGUUGUGUCCGUGUUCCCUGUCUGUCACAGAUGCAGAAGUGACUGUGGCUGGCUGUCACAUAAGACAGGACAAGGGGCAGCAGAGUAUCCUUAGGUCGUUUAGCAGGGAGAGGCUAGCAGAAAUUAAUUUACAAAAUGGAUCCACGGUCAAGGCUGUUGGCACAGGAGUCCAGAGUGGCAGGUGCUGGUAGACAUCCAGGUGAAGUGCCCCGGGCCAUGGCCACAGCCUGUGAACCAGCUGCCACAGGGGCUUAACCUGCAGCAGCUGGAGGCGCACCUGGGACGGGCAGCUCACCCCUUCCUUUCCUGGGAGCAGAGGGGUGAAUGGAGCUUGAUCCAGAAGUAUGAUCGCGUCUUUAUACGCUGCAGCGGCGCUACUCCGGGGCCGGUUGUGGUUUCAAAGUUGAAGUGUUCAUCCCUUGGACGCCUUGAGUGACAGUCACUUCCCUGCACCCACCCCAAAGCUGCAGCUGCACAGACCCCUCUUCCAGCACGUGUAGAUGUUGCUGGCUGGUGGGAGCGAUCAAGUACACUGAGGCCAGGGCUCCACAAUCCUGGCUUAACUUGAGCAGACAGACUGGGGAGUCUGGAGGAAGGGAGGCACUUGGGUAAGUGACAAAAGGAAGAGGAUAUUCCAGAAGAAAGGAGGAACAAAUAGAAAAUGUGCGUAGGAGGGCUCCAUCUGCUUCACACAUCCAAGACCCACUACGGGCCAGGUGCUGCGGACUCAUCAGUGAGUUCAGUGAGGAAGACCUCCUAUGGAGACGGUCACACCAGGGCCUUUUGACUUGCUGUCUCCUUUGCUUAGGACACUUCUUCCGGGUGGAGUGAAGCUCACCCCCUAUUUUAAGUCUCUGUUCAAAUGUCACCUCCUUGUUGAAGGCUUCCCUGAUUACCCCCAUCUCAAACAGCAUCUCCCAACCCUUCCCCAACCCCUCUGUCUCCUUAUCUUGCCCUGCUUUUCUCUAUAGCACUUACUGCUGUAUAUUUAAAAAACAGACUUGUGGGGCAGGCAUUGUGGCACAGCCAGUUAAACCGUGGCUUGUGAUAUGCCAGCAUACCAUCUUUGAAUCCCAGCCGCUCAGCUUUCUGCUAAUGCGCCUGGGAAGGCUGCAGAUAACGGCCCAAGAGCUUGGGUCCCUGCCACCCACAUGGACGACCAGGGUGGAGUUUCUGGCUCCUGGUUUUGGCCUGGCCCAGCCCUGGCUGUUGUGGGCAUUUGGGGAGUGAACCCGUGGAUGCAAGAGACCUCUCUCUCAUCUUUGUCCCUCUGCAGUGAGGGACCUUAAAGCCCGCUGAUGCUGUGGAUAAGCAGGGAUGGGACAGAGAAUGGCACGGAGCAAGGAACGAGCUGGUGAAGUGCUGGUGAAUGCCACCUGGAGCAGCUUUGUUUGCCUCCUACUGGACGAUGCGUAUCUCUGGGUAGUCACACUUUAUAAGUCUCAUCCAGCUGUUCUGCCAUGCAGAGUUGUUUUUUUCCUCCAAGAAUUAGAAUUGGUUGUUUCCCAAGGGUACUUGAUGCAAGGUGUCCAGCGUGUAACAAAUCUUCCCAGGCAGACGAAUCAAUUAAUUCACAGGCUUUUAUUGGGGUUCCGCUCCCUGGCGAGGUUCCCCAGUCCCAACAGAGCAACAGAGCAGGGGCCGGGGAAGUCGCGUGUCAGAGAUUGGGAGAGCUCCUUUUAUAGAUACAGGGCAUGGGGGUUAAAGGUUGAGGCGGGUCUGAUCCUCAUUGGUUGACCUUUAGGCACCCGCAGGGACCUUGACAAGGACUUUUCUUCCCCGCAAGUACAGGUAGGAACUUUCCAUUCCCGGAAGUAUAGGCCUUCCUUCCACGCAGAUCCCAAAGCUACCACUUGAGACUAAGGAAAAAGUACCUCAACAAAGGUGAGAGCCCUGUCUCUAACUCCUCUCUCCUCUGGAACUGUUCUUCGCUAAUUAACGACUUCGCAGGCACUUGACAUGUUUGAAGCACAUCCAUCAGUUAUCUCUCAAUGUAGGCCUUUUACCUUGACUUGGAGACAGAGAAAUGAGAACUAAAGAAGCUCAGUCCAUUGAAUAGGAGUAAAAAUUUCUAGUUAACUAAGCUUAAGUUUUAAAAAAAAUUUUGAAGUCAGUGUUUAAAAUUUCUUUAUCGAAGGAGGUGGGCACUGUGGCACACUGAGUUAACUGCAUCUUGGGACACCCGCUUCCCACGUUAGAGUGCCAGUUCCACUUCCAAACCAGCUCUGCUAAUGCACCCGAGAGGGCAGCAGAUGAAGGUCCAAGUAUUUGAGCCAUGCCACACACAUGGGAGACUCGCAUGGAGCUCCGGGCUCCUGGCUUUGGCCUUGCCCAGCCGUGGCUGUUGCAGGCAUUUGGGGAGUGAACCAGCAGAUGGAAGAUAUCUUUCUCUGUCACUCUGCCUUUUGAAUAAAUAAAUAAUGACUCUUUGAAAAAAAAAAAA